AUGGAUGCCUUUGAGCAGGUAAAAAAUUCUGGUAAAUCCAUGAAAAAAUUUACCAAUGCAGCAGUUGUUAUAAACUCAAAUGACAAAGGCCUCCGUAUGGUCAAUUUUGUGCACGAUUUACAGGUGUAUAAUAACACAGAAAAUAACAUCAUAUACGUCCGUGCCUGCUGUUGGGCUUCCUAUAAGAGGAAUGUUAAAUACAAGGUGAAAAUGGUUUGUAAAGAAAGUGGGACCCCAAAGAUUCUAGCAGCAAAGUGUGAUAGGCAGUGUCCGGCUUCCAACAUUGGGUGUUGUUGUCAUGUAAUGGCGCUCAUAUGGAAACUUGAGGACAUGACGAGAAAGUCAGAGCUAAAAAAUAUCACUCCUGACAACAGAUGCUGCACAUCAAAACCGAGGGAAUGGGGAAAAGGGGGUAGACGAGAAGUAGAGUUCUCUCCAGUGAUGGCUUUAAAAAUAACAAAACCAAGACAUGCGUCUGACCUACCUGGUAGGAGGAAAAGGAGUAUUGACUCUCAGUUUUACGAUCCCAGACCAUUGAAAUCACAGAAGCUUGAUGCUGAUGGAAUUGUAAAGCUGAGGCAAGAUCUUCAGAAAAUAAAUGCUCGUAUACCCUUUGCUGCUAUGUUACCAGAGGAAAAGACAAUUCAAACAGUAAUGACUAUAGUUGGCACUGUUGCUAAAGGUUCAACAAUUCAUAAGCAACUUCAAGAUUAUUCCCGGCAGCCUCCAAAUUUGGUAGUACCCUAUUUUAGUAGUUCCUCCCUUGCUGGUAAAGAAAAUGUGAAUCCUGUCUCAAAUGGGCAAGCACUGAAUUCAAAUUCAAGUUUGAAUCAUGAAAUCUCUGCUCCACCUUCCACUGUGCAGUGUGAAUCAGAAAUGGGACCCCUUAGCACUCCUUCUAAUGAUUAUGAUGAGCUACAGCUUCAGCAGAUAUCAGAUUGUAAUGUUAAUAACCCACAGCAAGAACAGAAUAUUUCAAGUUUUAUUGAAAGUACAAUUGAUUCAUCUGAAGCACAACAGCCAACAGUCCAAACAGAAACAUUAUUUGUUGAAACUCUUACAGACAAGCAAAAGCAAAUUGAAAUGGCAACAAGAGGACAAUCAACGAAUCCUGCUUGGUUUGAACAAAAGCAAAACAGAAUAACUGCCAGUAUCUGUAAAGAUGUCUUUUCUCAUAUGCAAAAACAGGCGUCAAAAUUACCAGAAAAUCUAGUAAAAAAAAUUACCGCAAAAGGAGCACCCCAAAAAAUGGUCAGCUAUUCACAAGCUAAACAUCUUAAUUAUAAAAGUAAAGGAUUGAUCUUUGGUAUUGAAAAUGAACCUGUGGCAGCUGAUUUGUACAAAGAAUAUCUCUUGUCAUUGCCAGACAUCAAGGAAGUGACAGUUCAAGAGAUUGGAUUAAUUUUAGACAAAGAAAAUGAUGUUCUUGCAGCAAGCCCUGAUUGCAACAAUAGUGUAUGCCAAUGGUGA